AUGUCACUGAAAACUACAUGUCCUCUUUGCAAAGCUGAAAUAUCCGAGGUCCAUUUUGAUUUCAACGCCCAGGCUACCAAGUGGAAGACAUACCGCGUCCCCCAUAUUGGACUCGAGCGAGCAAUAGAUCAGCCCACACAGAACGAGCCCGGCCAGAGCAAUCCAGCCUUGUCAAACGUUACUUCUUUCCUGCGUCGCGCCCGGGACCGCAGACCUUUCCGGAACCCAAGGCACCCCGCGCCUCAAUCGGGUCCUGUCCAAGACGCGCUGGAACGCAGGCGCAAUGUCUACCGGAAACAACUCUUCUCUCUCCAUGUUGGGUCCAAUCCAACCUCAGGUUACAGAGAUGUCACGCCCCAGGUGUUCAGCGACCAGGCCGAUACCCAGAGCCGGGUGCGAGCAUGGAUAAGAAGGGAGCUGCAGGUAUUCGAGUUCCUGAACGACGACAGCUCCUCGGGCCAGACAGAAAGCACCGACUCGGCACUGCCCGAGGCCACCAGGCGGCGGCGGCAGAACAAUGCCGAGUUUGUGCUCGAGUACAUCAUCGCCAUACUGAAGACGGUCGACAUCCAGAGCGACCACACAGAGGAGCUGCUAAGGGACUUCCUUGGAAGGGACCACACCAAGUUGUUCCUGCACGAGCUGCGCAACUUCCUCCGCUCCCCGUACUCUGUCGAGGCUUGGGAUCGCCACGUACAAGACCUCACAGGAGGCUUUACGACCGGUACAGACCUUCAGGGGGUUCACGUCAAGGAGGUCGGUGGUCUCCUUACCGCCAGCAAGGGAGCUGAAGACCUCUCCGUGUCUUUUGGCUUCCCACAUCUAAGGCUACCCAGCAUCACAUCUCGAUAG